CAUUUGGGGCAAAGAUUACCAACAUGUUGUGUUAAAGAAUGUUUUCCCUUUGAGAAUUUGAGAACGUAGGCCUUUGGCCAGACAGUCCUGGGUUUGAAUUCUAGCCUUCUCUUCAUGCACUGGUGUGUGAUCAUGAGCAAAAUAGCUGCUGGGUCCCAAUUUGCCUCAGUAUGUUGUGAAGCUAACAUGAACUCCUGUGACUGGCGGGUGGCGCCUGUAAAGAUUGUAGCUCUUUUUACUAAAAUGCUAGCUGUUGUAUAUGAAUAAACUUUCAGAGUGAGGUGAAGUUGAAAAUAAGUGAUAGAUUACAUAGUAGAAAAUAAAAUGUGUCCAAUAUCUAGUUAGUGUUUGCUUUCUGAAGAUAGAAUGAUGGUAUUGAGCUAGAAUGGUAGAACAUUAGGAACAGAAUUAGAUCCACCGUGAAAGAUGCGUGCUUUCCAGGCCUUUUCCUAAAUAGACCUUUAGGCAGCAAACGCAACUCCACUUUGAAGCAGUGACCUAAAUUUUAAGAUGACUGUCCUAGGCUUGGGAUGUAGACUGUAGCCUCAGAACUAAGUGGCUUAUCGAAGAUUAAACUUGACCUCACUAGCACUUUAUCCAGUCGGCUAAGUUCACUGACUGUGGACCAUAACCUUGCAAGGGCUCCAAAACAUCUUGAAAUGGCGUGAAAAGCUAGUAAUUGGACCAUCCUGGUGAUUUGGAAAGUACAAUAUUCAGCUCUAAAAUCUUGAUGAUGAAGAUGAAGUGUUCCAAUCGUGAAAUGUUAGAGCAUUUAUACUAAGCCCUAUGUUUUACAUAUUUUGGGUAUUUGUUGUGAGAAGCUGAAGAUUUAUCAUGUGUUCAUUUAUUUUUAUUCCUGGGAUAACCUCUCCCACCACAAUUGCCAGUAGUGUGCUCGGGAUAUGUGUAUGGAAAUCUCUUCCCUCAGUAUUUAUGCUUCUCGUUCCGCUGUUAGAAAUCCAGAGGAUUGUGAGGGGGAAAGCAAGGAUAAACUUUGUAAUAAUAAAUGAUAGUAUGUUAUUAUGGAAGUUGUCCUGAAGCAGAAAAUGUAUCAGUCUUUGUGAAGUCUGGUGUUUUCUGUUUUUUGCCAACAAUUUACAUCAGAUGUUUUGUAAAACAUGAAGUAAAAUCAUUCUUUUGGAAAGAGUUACAUGGGGUACGUAUAAAAUUGGAGAAGAUAUUUUUAUGGUUCAUGAAGAUGAGGUCCAUGUGAAUUAGAUGGAGGCACAUUGUAUGUUAGCAGGUGGCUCAGAAGGGUUCACACUGUUGCUUUUUCUUCUUGAAGGCAGUUGGGAAGAAGGUAAGCAAUGGACCUUUUAUUGUUAAAGAGGUAGAAAGGUUGCAUAACAUACACUUCCAAAGGGGGUGUAGGAGCUCUUGGAGCAGCUGUAGCCUGGAAACAGAUUUUGUAUUUGUUACAAUAAAAUGUCCUAUUGGGUAAGAGUUUUGUUAGUGGUAUUUUUGCCUGAAAUUUGUACAUCCGAAUAUCCAAAUGAACAGAUUGAAUGGAUUCCUUGACCCGAUGUGUAUGUGGGGGUGUAGAGUUGUUGGGUAAAAUUUAGGACACCAGUUAAUUUUGAAUUUCAAGUAAACAAUAACUUUAUAGUAUUUGUUGUUUAUCUUUAUUUGAUUUUUUUUGCUUUUAAAGAUUUAUCAAAAGUGAUCUGUAGCACUUGAAAUAUUCAAAGAGAAGUUGAUAUUAGUGUGAUUUUCUAGACAUAUCUGUGUUCUUUUUAUGCUUAUAUCCACUGACUUUGCCAUAUGUGAAUAUAUCCCUGUUAAGGCAGAUCUAUAUUCAAGAUAAUUUUAAUCCUAAAUAUCCGAUUUUGUAGAUUGACGACUUAAAGUAAAAUAUUGAGUUCCUACUUUAAUGAUGUUUUCAGUUGUCAAAUACGCAUUAGGUACCUCAAGUUCAUUUGAAUUCAUUUGAUAUUGUAAAUUACAAACUUCGUGAUGGAUAUAAUGGAAUUUCAUAUUUAACUGUUUUUUUUUUCCUUCUGAAUUUAGCGGGGUUGGGGUGGGGUAGGUGGGUGCUGACCAAAUAUAUUCCAUCUGUGGUAUUUUCAGAAUUCAGAAUUUGAAAUUGGCAUGUUAUUAGAACUUUAACUCUCGUGCUCUUACCUUUAAUGUAAAUAGCUCUUUAAAAACAUUUUUAAUUGCAGUGUUGCCUAAGUGUGAUCUUGAAGAUGGGAGGUGCUGUGAGUGCUGGUGAAGACAAUGAUGAGCUAAUAGACAAUUUGAAAGAAGCACAGUACAUCCGGACUGAGCUGGUCGAGCAGGCUUUCCGAGCUAUUGAUCGUGCAGAUUAUUAUCUUGAAGAAUUUAAAGAAAAUGCCUAUAAAGACCUGGCGUGGAAGCAUGGCAACAUCCACCUCUCGGCUCCGUGCAUCUACUCGGAAGUGAUGGAGGCCCUGGACCUGCAGCCGGGGCUCUCCUUCUUGAACUUGGGCAGUGGCACUGGCUACCUCAGCUCCAUGGUGGGGCUCAUUCUCGGUCCUUUUGGUGUGAACCACGGGGUUGAACUCCAUUCGGAUGUAAUAGAAUAUGCAAAGCAGAAGCUGGACUUCUUCAUUAGAACCAGUGACAGCUUUGACAAAUUUGACUUCUGUGAACCUUCCUUUGUUACUGGCAAUUGCCUGGAGAUUUCUCCAGAUUGUUCUCAGUACGAUCGUGUGUACUGUGGGGCUGGUGUGCAGAAAGAGCAUGAAGAGUACAUGAAGAGUCUUCUCAAAGUAGGGGGCAUCCUUGUCAUGCCACUGGAAGAGAAGGUCAGACCCCUCUCCUAACUGACACGCUUAACU